AUGACUGAUGAGAAAGUUAUCACUAUUCUGAGCAUCGACGGUGGGGGAGUAAGAGGCAUUAUCCCCUCAGUAAUUCUCGAAUUUCUCGAAAAGGAGCUGCAGAGUUUGGAUGAGGAUCCAAAUGCUAGGAUUAAAGAUUACUUCGACUACAUUGCUGGGACAAGCACUGGAGGCCUAAUAACAGCCAUGCUUACAGCACCAAAGAGUCCUACUCGUGACAAAGAAAAUCUGCCUUUGUGUGCUGCAAAAGAGAUUACUGACUUCUAUCUACAGGAGUCUAAAACUAUCUUUCCAGCAAAAACAGUGCCUCAGACGGUUGACAGAUUAAGGAACAUGGUUGGUCAAAGGAACAAUGAAAAUCGGUUAACGAAAGCAUGGAUUGCUGUCAAGUCGGUGUGCUCUUCUUUUUUUUAUCCGGUCCACGAUGGUGUCGGACUUCGUAAUGUAAUCCAAGCAAAGUUGGGAGGAAGAAAACUUAAAGACUCUCUCACCAAUGUGUUUAUUACAUCCUUCGAUAUCAUGGGUUUCCAACCAGUCAAUUUCUCCUCCCAAAAGGCAAAAUGUAAUCCACGAGAUGAUCCGUUGCUCUCAGACGUGUGCAUUAGCACAACAGCAGCUCCUUAUUUCUUACCUCCACAUGAUUUUACGAACGAGAGGAUUUUUAACCUCGUUGAUGGUGGUGUUGCAGCCAAUAAUCCUACUUUGUUUGCAAUUUAUGAGGUUAUGAAGGAGGUUUCCAAAGAUAGGAACAUGAAUUUCAGGGAUCUUAGUAAUACAAGAUUUCUAAUCCUUUCCCUCGGAACCGGAUCGUUCAAGAAGAAGCAUGGAUUAAAGAUGGGAGACUUUCAUUGGGGACUUAUUACUUUGAUCUUUGGGCCUCCGGGUACUUACCAAAGCACCCCUUUAAUCGACAUUUUCUCAAGUGCAUCGGAUAGUAUGGUUGAUAUCUACAUGGAUUUUUUCUGCCAACUCCUCGGCAUCAAGCGGGGUGACUACCUUCGGAUUCAGGAUGAUGAGCUGGAAUAUAAAAUGGCGAACGCAACAUGCAAAUCAAGUGAAGAACAUCUUAAGAAGCUUAAGAAAAUUGGUGAAGAACUCCUGGACAAAGACGCUACAACAUUAAACAUUGAAACUGGUUUAUAUGAACCAGUCGUUGACAAGACCAAAAAUAAGGAAGAACUUCUCGCGUUUGCUAAAAAACUGUCUGAUGAAAAGAAGAAGAGGAAGGAGAUCAAGUAGACCUUUAGCUAGCUUAUCUACCACGUUCGUUGUAUAUGAUCCUGUGCUUUCAAAUAAAGCUAUUCUAGCUACUACCCAGUGAUUUUAAAUAUAAAUAAGCGCUGGUUAUAUAUGCCAUGCAUGUGGUCAAUGUCUGUGAGCCAAGUUAUUGGAAGUCCAAGUCAGUUGUGUGGAAGCUGUUCAAUGUAAAAUCUUGCUUCAUGUGAAACUAUAUAUUGAAAUAAAAUAUGGUAUUUGAUAACUAAA